AUGAGUGUGCAAACAGCUACGCAAGCAGAGGCUCGAGUGAAUGUGGCGCUGUGUAGUGCAUGCAAUAGAAGUCACCACAGAGAUGUACUGUGCGAGCCUAGGAGGCAACAUCAUGAACAUGAACGACCUCAGAAUGGGGAGGGGGUGAUGGACGGCAACGAGACUCACGCGGCAGAUGGUGAGAAUGGAGAUGUUGAAGUAUCAGAUGAGGAGGAGGACGGCAGUUUAGAGUCGGAGGGGGAGAGAGAAGAGCAGCCAAUGGAUGUGGGUGCUGGUGUCCAACAGGCUGUCCCAUCAGUACUCCGUGAAGUAUUUGGGGAGGCAUUUAACGGACUUAAUCAUUCAGGAAACAACGGAAACAUGCGCUCGGGGGGUGUGGGAUUAUCAAAUCCAACAGCAGCAGAGAGUGGGGGAUUGGGGGAGAUGGGAGGAGCAUCCGAGAGUGGAGGAUUGGACGACCGGGGAGGAGCAGGCGACAGCGGGGCGGGGAGGGGAGGAGAAGAGAGCGGGGCAGGGAGGGGAGGAGCAGCCGAGAACGAGGCGGGUAGGGGAGGAGCAGCAGGGAGCGCGGGGGGGAGGGGAGGAGCAGCAGGGAGCGAGGCAGAGAGGGGAGGAGCAGUCGAGAAUGGGGUACUUAGGGGAGGAGCAGCAGGGAGCGAGGCGCAGAGGGGAGGAGCAGUCAAGAGUGGGGUAGAGAGGGGAGGAGCAGCAGGGAGCGGGGCGGGUAGGAGAGGAGCAGCAGGGAUCGAGGCAGGGAUGGGAGGAGCAUCAGCAGGGACAGGGAGGGGAGGAGCAGCAGGGAGCGAGGUGGGGAGGGGAGGAGCAGCCGAGAGUGGGGUAGGGAGGGGAGGAGCAGCAGGGAGCGGGGUGGGUAGGGGAGGAUCAGCAGGGAUCGGGGCGGGGAGGGUAGGAGCAGGGAGCGAGGCGGGGAGGGGAGGAGCAGAGAGCGGGGAUGGGAGGGGAGGAGCAGCAUUGAGUGGGGCGGGGAGGGGAGGAGCAGCAGGGAGCGGGGCGGGUAGGAGAGGAGUAGCAGGGAGUGGGGAAGGGAGGGGAGGAGCAGAGAGCGGGGCCGGGAGGGGAGGAGCAGCAGCAAGUGGGGCGGGGAGGGGAGGAGCAGAAAGCGGGGAUGGGAGGGGAGGAGCAGCAGUGAGUGGGGCGGGGAGGGGAGGAGCAGCAGGGAGCGGGGCGGGUAGGAGAGGAGUAGCAGGGAGUGGGGAAGGGAGGGGAGGAGCAGAGAGCGGGGCCGGGAGAGGAGGAGCAGCAGCAAGUGGGGCGGGGAGGGGAGGAGCAGAAAGCGGGGAUGGGAGGGGAGGAGCAGCAGUGAGUGGGGCGGGGAGGGGAGGAGCAGCAGGGAGCGGGGCGGGUAGGGGAGGAGCAGCAGCGAGUGGGGCGGGGAGGGGAGGAGCAGAGAGCGGGGCCGGGAGGGGAGGAGCAGCAGCAAGUGGGGCGGGGAGGGGAGGAGCAGAAAGCGGGGAUGGGAGGGGAGGAGCAGCAGUGAGUGGGGCGGGGAGGGGAGGAGCAGCAGGGAGCGGGGCGGGUAGGGGAGGAGCAGCAGCGAGUGGGGCGGGGAGGGGAGGAGCAGAAAGCGGGGAUGGGAGGGGAGGAGCAGCAGUGAGUGGGGCGGGGAGGGGAGGAGCAGCAGGGAGCGGGGCGGGUAGGAGUGGAGUAGCAGGGAGUGGGGAAGGGAGGGGAGGAGCAGAGAGCGGGGCCGGGAGGGGAGGAGCAGCAGUGAGUGGGGCGGGGAGGAGAGGAGUAGCAGGGAGUGGGGAAGGGAGGGGAGGAGCAGUGAGAGGGGCGAGGAGGGCAGGGGCAUCAGGGAGCAGGGCGGGGAGGGCAGCGGCAGGGAGCGUGGCAGGGAGGGGAGAGACAGCCGAGAGUGGGGUAGGGAGGGGAGCAGCAGGGAGCGGGGCGGGGAGGGGAGGUGCAGGAUGGAGUGGUGGAGUGGCGGACUAA